GUUCCUCAGAAAAAAUAAACUUUUAAAAAUCAAACCAUACCAUGCGUCAGCGUGCUCACUACCAGACUUGAAAAACAAUUUCCCUUUUCUUAAAAUGUCAAUGUUAAAAAUACAAUUUCAUUCUAAUUUUCGGGCUGCUCACAGCUUAUCAAACUUCUUCCAAAUUAAUUCUUUUUUUUCUACACGUACAUAUAGUUCCUAUAAACAAUUGGAACAACAUGAGUAGGAGACCGUUGGGCCCCGGUCCAGGUGCUUAUAUGCUGCCCUCAAGUUUUGGUUACAAUAACAACGAACCAACUGGUCGACGUUCGCCCGGCUACAGUUUUGGCUUACGUGGUCCCGAUGACAUCAAGAAAGCUGGACCAGGACCAGGCGCUUACAAAACGGAUGCAUUGACACGCUAUGGAAAAAGUCGAUAUUUCAAUUAUUCAUAGAUGAAUUAAAUGUUGAUAUUGCCGUAAACGUUGGAAUGACUAGCCUGAUGUUCUAAGCACGGAUUUCUACUACAGAAGAAAAAACAAAAAAAUUUUAAUAUUGUAACAUCUUUUUUAAUAAAUACUACCGUAACUUUCUUAAAA